AUGCGUGCGUACUACUUCGAUAAUGUUCCAGGCGACCAGCGGCUGCCGCACGAUUCCGGAAACCCUGUGUCAGAUGAGAUCCUGAAGUCUACCGGAGUACUACACUGGCAUAUCCCGACGAGCCAACAGGUUCAGAUUGAAGCUGUUGCGAAAGAAAGAUGCUACAAGAACAGAGACACUAUCACAAUCACCAAGCAGGGCCUUGGAGAUCUGUAUGAGUCAAAGUUAAAGAGCUUCUAUGAAGAACACAUGCAUGAAGACGAGGAGAUCAGAUAUAUUCUCGAGGGCAGUGGCUUUUUCGAUGUUCGAGAGCAUCCCUCAGAUUCAUGGAUUCGUUGCCAGGUGGACGCGGGUGAUCUUUUAGUUCUCCCCGCUGGCAUCUAUCAUCGGUUCACUCUUGACGAGAAAAACAUGAUCAAAGCUUUGCGUCUCUUCAAGGAUGAGCCCAAGUGGACUCCUUUAAACCGCGGUGACGCGACAGAUGAGAACCCUUACCGUGUCGAUUAUUUGAAGGGUAUAGCUGUCAACUGA